AUGGUGACAUCUGAGGGGAUGGUGUCACUGGAGGUGAUGGUGACGCUUGAGAUGAUAGGGCCCGAGGAGACAAUGGGGGCAGCGGAGGCACGAUGCCCUCGAGAUGAUGUUGCCAGAGAUGCAUUUAUCACAGCUGGUGACGAGCGCUGGGUCCUGCCACAAGCCUGGAUACGCCCUAUGGGUCCCCUGAGCCCGAGGUAUCCAAAAGCAGCACGAACUUUGAGGCUGCCCUUUAUUGAGCUCAAAAAGAAUCACAUUGCUAACUGCAAGCUAAAUCGCCUAAUUAAAGUGAGACAAAUAGUCAAGGCUUACGCGGCAGCCACUUGGCCGUCGCCGGAGGAGGAGGGGCCGCCCAUCUCGACGUCGGGCCCCGGCGUGGUGGUGCGCGCCGAGGAGGCGCUCAUAGUGCUGCUGGUGCUGGUGCUGUGGCUGGCCGCCAUCGCGCUCUUCUUCAACCGCUGGGGCAAGAUCCGCAUGCUCGAGCCCUACCAGCCCAAGUUCCAGCAGCAGCACCGCGUCAGCUGCCCCAUGGUCGACAUCAACGCCGUCCAGCACCGCUCGUUCUCCAAGUUCAACCUGAACUGCCUGGGCGAGGCAGGUUCGGGCGCUCCGCCGCUUCGGCCGCUGCUGCGCCCGCGGCAGAACUCUGUGUUCGUGGGCGGCUCGGGCUACAUGCUGCCGCCACACCUGGGCCCCCCGCGGAAAGCCAAGUCGGCUGCCGACCUGCAGACGCUGGUG